GUUUAAAUUCCCGUUCCAUUCCCGCCAGUUUACAACUAACUCGCUAGUUCCAUCCCUUCUUCCCAAAUAGAGCGCUAUCACAGAGUUCCUCUUUCCCACUCUCAAACCUCACCGUUUCUGCAUAUUCUAACAACAACGAAAUUACAAAACGGAUCCGAAAUGAAAAUGAAAAUCAACAAGGCGUGCGAUCUCUCCUCCAUCUCUGUUUUCCCUCCUCCUCACGGUUAUGCAAGGAGGCCGAACAAUGCAUCGAUGGGAUUACAAACGUCACAACAUCGAUCGCAACAGUCUCAGCAGUCGUUUUCUCAGGGACUUUCAUCUCAGCAAGGAAUUUUGUCUCAUUUAUCUCAAAGCUCUCUCGAUGAAGCUAUCACAGCAAAUGAUCAGAGAGUUGGUUCUCAAGAACAUGAGAACUCUUCAAGGAGGUUUUCUUGUUUGCCCCGACUUACUUAUUCAAAGGACGAGAGUCAACCACCCAACUCAAGAUCUUCAUCCAAUCUCUUGGUUAAAUGGAAUUCUGCAGAUAAUAAAAAUCAGUUAAGUGAAGGACUCGAACACCGAAUUGGCAUAAUGGAAACCUCAUUGAGCAGGUUUGCAAUGAUCAUGGAUUCUGUUCAAAGUGACAUAAUGCAAGUAAACAAAGGAACUAAGGAAAUUAUUUUGGAGAUGGAGUACAUAAGACAGAAGUUGAUUGCUCAGGAUAACUCACUUCAGUUAAUGACCAAAGGACAAGAAGAAAUUAAAGCAAGCAUUAAUGGGAGCUUGGCAUCUUUAUCUGAACAAAUGAGCCACGUUACAAACAUAGAAAAGUUACAGGAAGUAUAUACGAUGGUUUCAGCCAUGCCGCAGUUAAUUGAAUCUUCUCUACGAAAUGUGCAAAAUGAUCUCCAGAAGACCACCAAGGAAAUGAAGGCACGUAAGAUAUGAAAAUGUAUAAUGAUU